AUGAAGUCUGCGGUUUUGUUUCUGCUCCUCUGUUUGUCUCCUUUCGUCCCUCGGGGGCUGUCGGGGGUGUCUGUCCCGCAGGAGGACGACCUCAGGCCGGGGGGCGACGGGCCCCCGGGGGGCGAGGGGCCCCCAGAGCUCCCUGACCUCUGGGACGAGCUGUGGGGGCUGAGGGAGCUGGUCCUGAGCCUGAAGGCGGAGGAGGUGGAGCGGCGCCAGGCCCUGCGCGGCAUGGAGAGCCGGCUGCGGGACCGAGAGGUGGAGGCUGAGCAGCAGAGACGAGGCCUGGACGGACUUCAGGAGACGGUAGACCAUCAGCAGGAGGAGCUGAUCUCAGAUCUGAGGAGGAGGGUUGAGGAGACGGAAGAGCAGAGCAAAGAUCUUGCCGCCCAAAUGUGGACGCUUGUGUCCGGCCUGAACGCCAGCGAGAGCUCGGUGGAGCAGCUGAAGAAGAAGAGCGCAGCCAUGGCGUCCGAGCUGCCGUUCCUGCAGACGAGGCUGAGGGCCAGUGAACGCACCGUGGAGCAGCUGAGGAGGAAGAACGCAGUCCUGGCUGCCAGACUGUGCAGCACAGAGAGUGUGAUGGAGGAGCUGAGGAGGCAGAUCUCAGGUUUUCCAGCCUCCAACAGUUCCGAGACUCGACUCGUUGGCCUGGCGGAGCUGAACUCCACCUCUCAAGUGAUCCAUCCUGCAGAUUAUUCAUUCACUCAUUUGUUCAUAUUCAUGAAACGAGCGUCUCUUCUCUCAGCGACCAGGAGCUCAUCAGCUCUGGAAGAAAACCUGGAGUCUGUGACCAGUCGACUUCUGCAGCUGGAGAGAAACGACAAAGCUCGUGCCGUUGAAGUCUCUGAUGUGAAGUCCAGGCUGACGGAGACUCCGGCUGCAGGACCGGCUGACUGGGGGGAGGCACUGCAGCUCAGACUGAGCUCUGCUGAGAUCCACAUCCAGCAGCUGCAGACCCAGGGAGCCGAAGAAACCUCCAAACGGAUGAACCUACAGAGAAGCCUGGAGGAUCUCCUGGAGAACCUGAACACUGACGUGAUGAACCGACUGAGCGUCAGUGAGAAGCAGCUGCAGGAGAUGAAGACACUAAACACUGUUCAGAGCGUUCAUCUUUCGUCACUCGAGUCCAGACUGACGGGUCACGACCACAACGCCACAGACGUGAUGAACAGACUGAGCGUCAGUGAGAAGCAGCUGCAGGAGAUGAAGACACUGAACACUGAGCUGGAGGUCCGACUGAGAGAUGGAGUGAAGCAGCUGCAGGAGCUGAAGACACAAACCACAGGUGUGGAGGUCCGACUGAGAGAUGAGGAGAAGCAGCUGGAGGAUCUGAGGUCACAACAAGCAGGUGUGGAGGUCCGACUGAGGGACGGAGACCAGCAGCUGCAGGAUCUGAGGACAGGAAACACAGUUCAGAGCGUUCAUCUUUCGUCACUCGAGUCCAGACUGACGGGUCACGACCACAACGCCACAGACGUGAUGAACAGACUGAGUGUCAGUGAGAAGCAGCUGCAGGAGAUGAAGACACUAAACACUGAGCUGGAGGUCCGACUGAGAGAUGGAGAGAAGCAGCUGCAGGAGCUGAAGACAAAAACCACAGGUGUGGAGGUCCGACUGAGAGAUGAGGAGAAGCAGCUUCAGGAGAUGAAGACACAAACCUCAGGUGAGCUGAAGGUGGCGUUCUCCGCUGGUCUGACUGACUCAGGACCAGUUGGACCAUUUGAUGAAGAGAUGACGCUGAUCUUCUCCAAAACAAUCAGCAACAUCGGCCGAGGCUAUAACCAGAGCACAGGUGUGUUCACGGCUCCGGUCAGAGGUGUGUACUUCUUCAGCUUCACGACUGCAGAUUACCUGAAGGGCUACAUGGGUCUCUACCUGUACAGGAACAACCAGCCAAUCCUCUUCCACCUGGACCUGAACGACCACGGCGGCUACACCUCCACCUCCAGCGGCGUGGUGCUGCAGCUGGAGGAGGCCGACCGGGUCCGCCUCAGUCUGCCGGCGAGCUACCGCCUGUACGACGACUCCCGCAACUUCAGCGUCUUCUCUGGCUUCCUGCUGUUCUCACUCUGAGGGAUCAGUGGUGACCUGCAGACUCAUGGUGCUCCCCAGCUCCUGAUUGGUCCUCCAAGGCCCCGCCUCCACACCCUGACAACCCUUCUGCUGACUGAAGGGGGAGGAGCUAACGCCAAGGGGGCAGGUCUUCGUCUG